AUGGUUCACCAAUUAUUUUCUUUUAAACUACAUUGUUUCCUUCGCAAUUUCACAGGACCCGUUCCUGGAUCCCUGUAUACCCGGUGGGGUAGAACAAAAUGCCCAAGUAAUUCCAGUCUGGUAUACGAUGGUGUGGUUGGUGGACAAUAUCAUGCCCAUAGUGGUGGCGGAAGUAAUCUCUUGUGUCUACCCAACGAUCCGAUUUGGGCCAAUUAUACGACAGAAUUUGAAGACGUAGGUAACAUUUAUGGCAGUGAAUAUCAAUUAGAACACUACCCAAAAAAAAUAUUUUCUUUUGCUAACGCUGAAACACUUCAUGAUCACGACGUUCCGUGUGCUGUUUGUUUGACGCGACAACCUGCUAUUGUUAUGAUGUUACCAGCCAGGACACAGUGUUACCCUGGUUGGACAGCUGAGUAUUCAGGAUAUUUGAUGACCGAGUAUUACGGACAUAAGGGCAGACAUGAAUAUGUGUGUGUGGACUAUGCACCAGAAGCUGAUCCAGCAGGUUACAAAAACGAAAAUGGAGUUUUAUUAUAUUUCGUUCAGGCUGUUUGUGGUUCAUUGCCAUGUCCACCGUAUGUCAAUGGUCAAGAAUUAACCUGCGUUGUGUGCAGUAAAUAUUGAAGGGAAUCUAGUUGAAUUUACUUCUCUAUGAAAACUUAUGUUAACCAAUUACAAGACAUAAUAUAAUAUCAUAAAACAAUAUAGACAUUUUAAAUUCUGUUUGAUAAUAUUUUAUCGAAGUUAUAUAAAUCGUUAGAAUAAUUUGCGCUACUAGUUAACAGGAAAAUAUUAUAAUGGAGAGAAAAUCGGCGCCAGAGAAUCAUGAGAAUUAUGCUUAUAAAACAAUGCAAAGCUGAGUGAAUAAUUCUAGAUAAACAUUGUAUAAGGAUCAGUUCAUAAAACUAAAAUGUGGAAAUAAAAUUGUAUUUCGUUUAACUGUA